AUGAAAUGCGCUAAGCUACAUCUCCAAGAAAGAUCUAAGACAAAAAUGAACAAGGUGCACAAUGAAAAGCCGAGGAGAUUCUGUCAGAAACGAAUGGUCGAUCCGGCACACGAAGAAGAUUCACGUUGGACGGACGCUUAUGAAAGGUUUCAUAAGAACUGUGAUAUAAAUGAAACGUGUGAUAACGGAAAGAAAUUACAAGAACGUGACGAUUUGUUUCUAUCAGUACAAAACUUACGGUUUCAAGGAGAGGUUGAGCAAAAUAGAAGACCUAGGACUAGCUUCAAGUAUAAGAUUUUACCUGACAGCCGAAAACACAGAAUGUUUGUUAAGCAGACUGUAGAAGAUUCAUAUUUAUCUGAGGCGCGAUCUUCUGUUCUUAGCGAUUACGAUUACAAUUAUACAAAAUACCUUCUAAAUAAUGAUCAAUCACGACCGUCAUCAAGUAAAUCAAGCAUUAUUUUAUAUUAUUUAAACAAUAAAUUCAAGGAAAACAAAGCGACACAAGUUGACAUAAAAAACAGUAACGUAAAGAAAAAACCAAUCAACGAAAAGUUAAAGAAAAUCAAAAAAUGUGAUAUCAAGCCAGACCUAACAAAAGACAUUAAGCUUACUGAAAUUGAGAACAAUACUGUAGAUACAAAAAUCACUUAUCGCAAGAGGGGAAAGAGAAAAAGUCUUACUAUAUCUAGGACCGAUUGUCCUGCGACCGUUCAAGUUAUUAGGGUGGAUGUCGUUUGUAAUUACAGCAGUAGUUCUACGAUGUCCGAUUAUGAUGAAUGUAGAAAGGAAGCCACGCCCGCAGAACAGGAGGACAAAGAAAAUAAAAUGGUAAAACCAAAUUUGUCUCAUUUCGAUAAGAAAUAUGUCCUAACGAACACAGUUAAAACUUUAGACGAGAACGUAACAGGUGCUAAAGUAACGUUAAUGUGCAAAACUUUUAAGCUGACGGAACGAUCAAAAGUAUUUUUAGAUAGGAAACCAAUAAAUCCAGUUACUGUAAAACCAAAUAAAAAAUCACACAAUAAAAUUAACACUAUAUCAGAAGACACAAAAAGACUAUAA